AUUUUUUGUACGAUGUCUCAGUCUGAGUUCUGAUUUGUGUGAUUUCGCGCCUCGUAAUGCCACACGUAUUCACCUGUGAACGCGUGCGUUCGCUGCUAAGGUCAAAGCGCCUUGUAUUUCUGGGAUGCUCAAACGUUCGAGCCAUUUACAAGGACCUAAUCUGUUUGUAUCAUAGGAAUACGCUCAUCUCAAAUGAUUUGCUCAAGCAAAAGAUGGAAGAAAGUUAUGAUGGAGAUUACCUGGUAAACCAUGGCAAGAAAUACAACGGCAGAGGUUACCUCGAAGAGCGCAUAUUCUGCGAUUCAGAAGUAACGAUAUACUUUUACUUUCUGACCAAGAUCUAUAGCCAGUAUGUGGAGACGAUCAUGGCACGCAUGGCUGAUACACCGCCGGACAUUGUCAUCGUCAGCUCGUGCCUCUGGGAUAUCACGAGGUGGGGACCUAGGGGCGUCGAUGACUACAAGAAAAAUCUGCACCGAUUUUUCUGGAGACUUAGGUGCGUCCUUCCCCAGAGUUGCCUCGUGAUAUGGCUGACUGCAGCUCCGCUGACCAAAAACAUUCGCGGUGGAUUUCUGGUGCCAGAGCUUGAUUUCCUCAAGUAUUCACUCAGAUUUCACGUCAACGAGGCCAACUACUUCUGCAAACAGACCGCUGCGAAGUACGGAAUUGACGUAGUGGACAUUCACUACUACCUUCGCAUGAUGAUUGAAUACCGAGCUGAAGACGGUAUUCACUGGCAUCCUAUGGCGGUGCGUCUUUGCACCAAUCUCACACUGACGCACCUUGUCUUGUCAUGGGGCAAGCAACUGCCUAACAGCGACAGCUUCCUUACUAUAAGCGAGAAACAAUAUGCUUCAAGCAAUGCCAUUAAAGUGUCUGAGGAGGAAGGGCCAGAAUGCAGCUAUCUUUAUGAUGAAUUGUCGCAGAGCAAGAUCUUUGGAAGUGAAGUAACACCGCAAGAGUGCUGGUACGAUGACGUCUUUGAUUAUGAAGAAUUCGCUAUGACACAGAAGCCGGACGAGGGCGGUGCUCUUACCCAGUCUGCAUACAGCGACAUCUUCGGUUAUGGACACAUCAUGGAGCAUGGUUACGAAGUCAACGAGGAAGAAAACGAAACUAGCGUUUUCCGGGACCCAUUGAGCAGUGGCACCAUUGAUAAUAAUAUGAUCAUAGUAGAGGAACCGACUGAAAGUGUCCUUUGCACUCAGCCCGAUGACAUCGUAUGCCAUGAUGAAGAAAAGGUGCCCCGUGAAGGCACCCUUCCCACUGAGGGCGGUAUCAACGUGGGAAAUACUGAAAUGGUUGACACAAAGGAACCAAGCAAAGACACUAUUCUCGCUGACCGCGAUGUCAUCGUGGGUGAUGUUGACAUUCUUAAGACAGAGGAUGAACGCAGUCCUCCCUUGCAGCUGUCGUUCAGGCGUACCACAUCUGAUGAGGAACCAUGUGAAGGCACACUUCCCGUUGAGAACGACGACAUCGUGGAUAAUACUGACACGGUUGACGCAGAGGCACCAAGUGAAAAUGGCCCUCCCCCAGAGUCGUCAUUCUGUGGUAUCUUUGGCAGUAAUGAAAUAAUUUUGAAAAAGAUUGACUAA